UUGAUUUAUUUUUUUAUUAUUUUUUUUCUCAGACCCAACGAAACCUGGGCUUCAGGCCCUCGCUCUCUCUUCAUCUCUACUGAAUUUCUUGCUUCUCCGAGACUCUCUGGUUCAAUCCCCGAUCAGUUAAUUAGUGGAAAUGGAUAACCAUGAAGAUGAGUGCCGUGUUGCUGGCGAACCACAGGCCAAGCAAGAGGAUGAGGAAGCUGUGGCUCGACUUGUGGAAAUGAAGAAAUCAAUCGAGGCAAAAGUUUCUCUUCGUCAAAGCAAUUUGAAUCCCGAAAGGCCUGAUUCAGGAUUUCUCAGAACAUUGGAUUCAAGUAUUAAGCGGAAUACAGCAGUUAUUAAAAAAUUAAAGCAGAUAAAUGAAGAGCAGAGGGAAGGGCUAAUGGAUGAGUUGCGAAAUGUAAACCUUAGCAAAUUUGUUAGUGAAGCUGUAACGGCUAUUUGUGAUGCAAAGCUUAGAACUUCUGACAUACAAGCAGCAGUUCAGAUCUGCUCUUUGCUUCAUCAAAGGUACAAAGACUUCUCACCAAGCCUGGUUCAAGGGCUUUUAAAGGUCUUUUUCCCUGGAAAAUCAGGGGAAGACAUGGAUGUGGAUAGGAACUCAAAAGCUAUGAAGAAGCGGAGCACCUUGAAACUGCUACUGGAACUUUACUUUGUUGGAGUUAUAGAAGACAGCAGUAUUUUCAUCAAUAUCAUUAAGGAUCUUACUAGUGUGGAACACUUGAAGGACCGGGAUGCGACUCAGACAAAUCUAACUCUCCUUGCUAGUUUUGCUCGACAAGGGAGAGUUUUCCUAGGACUGACUCUAUCUGGACAAGAAAUUCAUGAAGAGUUUUUCAAGGGCUUUAAUAUCACAGCAGAUCAAAAGAAAAUAUUCAGGAAAUCCUUUAAUACAUAUUUUGAUGCUGUAUCAGAAUUACUUCGGUCUGAGCACACUUCUCUUAGCCAAAUGGAGCAUGAAAAUACAAAGAUCUUGAAUGCUAAAGGAGAGCUCAGUGAUGAAAAUGUUGCAUCUUAUGAAAAGCUGCGAAAAUCUUAUGACCAUUUAUAUCGCCAUGUUUCAUCUUUGGCUGAGGCCCUUGACAUGCCACCUCCAGAGAUGCCAGAAGAUGGCCACACUACUAGGGUUACUACUGGAGAGGAUUCUCCGUCAGCUGCUGUGGGGAAAGAUUCUUCUGUUCUUGAAGCUUUGUGGGAUGAUGAAGAUACUAGGGCAUUUUAUGAAUGCUUACCAGAUCUCAGAGCAUUUGUUCCAGCUGUGUUGCUGGGAGAAGCAGAGCCCAAAGUGAAUGAACAAUCUGCAAAGAGUCAAGAGCAACAGAGUGACGUGGCACCUGAAUCAGACCAAGGCCGACCUACUCAAGAUACUGCAGAUUCCUCUGCUGACUCUGGUACUUUCCAGGAGGGAAAAAGCAUUGAGAAAGGAAAGGAUAAGGAAGACAAGGAUAAAGAAAAAGCUAAAGAUCCAGAAAAGGAGAAGGGUAAAGAAAGGGAUGCAGAGAGAAAAGGAGAGAUUGAAAAGGAGAAACUCAAAGGUCUUGAAGGGACAAACUUGGAUGCUUUACUGCAGAGGCUCCCUGGUUGUGUCAGUCGUGAUCUUAUUGAUCAAUUGACUGUAGAGUUUUGUUAUUUAAAUUCAAAGUCAAAUCGGAAAAAACUUGUGAAGGCAUUGUUUAAUGUACCCAGGACAUCUCUAGAACUGCUACCAUACUACUCUCGAAUGGUUGCCACACUAUCAACUUGUAUGAAGGACGUCUGUUCCAUUCUCGUACAGAUGUUAGAGGAGGAGUUCAAUUUCUUGUUAAAUAAGAAGGAUCAAAUGAACAUCGAAACAAAGAUCAGGAAUAUUAGAUUUAUUGGAGAACUCUGCAAGUUUAGAAUUGCACCAGCUGGCCUUGUCUUCAAUUGUUUGAAGGCUUGUUUAGAUGAUUUCACUCAUCAUAACAUUGAUGUUGCUUGCAAUCUUCUUGAGACAUGUGGCCGUUUUCUGUAUCGGUCUCCUGAAACUACUGUACGUAUGGCUAAUAUGUUAGAGAUAUUGAUGCGCCUGAAAAAUGUCAAAAAUUUGGAUCCCCGGCAUAGCACACUUGUAGAAAAUGCUUACUAUCUUUGCAAACCACCUGAAAGAUCAGCACGAGUGUCUAAAGUCCGCCCCCCACUAUUUCAGCAAGAUGCACCAGAUCCACCGGAGGAUUGUUUUCGCAUUAGAAUGGUUAUCACUCUUCUUGAGACCUGUGGACACUACUUUGACCGAGGUUCUUCUAAGAGGAAACUUGAUCGUUUUUUAAUACACUUUCAGAGAUAUAUUCUCAGCAAAGGUGCACUGCCGCUUGACAUUGAAUUUGACUUGCAGGACUUAUUUGCGGAAUUACGCCCUAGCAUGAUGCGAUACUCAUCAAUUGAUGAAGUUAAUGCAGCUUUUAUAGAACUCGAGGAGAAUGAACAAAUUGGUUCAACUGAUAAGGUCAAUAGUGAGAAGUUCUCUGACACUGAAAAGCCUUCUAGCAGGAAUGCUGCCAAUGCCAUUUCUGCCAAUGGACAAAAUCUUGUGAAUGGUAAUGAGGAAAAUGGUGGAAUCCAUGAGGACAUUGGUGAAAGUGACACUGAUUCAGGCAGCGGCACCCUUGACCAGGAAGGGCAUGAUGAAGAGGAGUUGGACGAAGAGAAUCGUGAUGAUGGAUGUGAGACAGAGGAGGAGGAUGAUGAUGAUGGGGGUGGACCAGUUUCCGAUGAGGAUGAUGAAGUCCAUUUCAGACAAAAAGUGGCUGAGGUGGAUCCAUUGGAAGCUGAAAUUUUUGAGCAGGAGUUAAAGGCAGUAUUGCAGGAGAGCAUGGAGCAGCGCAGGCAAGAGCUGCGGGGUCGGCCAACAUUGAAUAUGGUGAUACCUAUGAGCUUGUUUGAGGGGUCCACCAAAGAUUAUGGGAGGGCAGUUGGAGGGGAAAGUGGUGAUGAGGCACUGGAUGAUGAGACAGGAGGUAGCAAGGAGGUUCAGGUGAAAGUACUUGUGAAGCGUGGGAACAAGCAACAGACAAAGCAGAUGUACAUUCCUAGAGAUUGCACACUUGUGCAGAGCACGAAACAGAAAGAAGCAGCUGAGUUUGAAGAGAAACAAGAUAUUAAGAGGCUUGUCUUGGAAUAUAAUGAUAGAGAAGAGGAGGAGAAUAAUGGGUUAGGAACGCAGACAUUGAAUUGGAUGCUUAGCAGCAGCAACAGAGUUGGCAGCCGUGGCAGUACGUGGGAAGGAAGCAGUGGUAGAGGUGCUGGAUCACGACAUCGGCAUCAGCAUCAGCAUCAGCAUCAGCAUCAAUCAGGCAGUGGAGUUUAUCAUGGCAGAAGAAGGUAACUGACAGCAGAAGGAAGUACAUUGACAUGUUGGCACUUUCGUCCCAAUGGUAGUGUAACCCGUUACAGAUGAAAACGGGUCUUGGACUCAAAUUCAUGGCACCCAAGUUCCCACUCAGUGAUUGAAUAGCUGCAUUUACCCAUUGAGGUCUGUAGUGAGGCGAUACAUUACUCCCACUACAGAUGCCCAAACUAGUGAUGCAUAAGUUAUGUCAAUGCAAGGAUUAUUGACAAGGUUAGUGUCCAGAAUUUUGUUUGUUGGAGGAAGGUAGUGGUUAUGCUGAAUACAUACUAUACAGAAGAUUGUCACCCAUGAUUUGCACGAUGGUGAUUCCUAAAUAUGCUUAGUAGGGUGCUUAUAGUUUAGUCUUUACAUAAUGUUGCUGGGUGAGUCAGUUUCUUUUGUUGUAUAUAUAUCAAAAGUAAAAGGUUUCAUCUUAGUCACUAUCUGAGAUUUUACAUUAUAGUUUCUGUGGUUUGUAUUGUAUUGUGUAGACCACCGGAUGGCUAACAAAGAUUAUCAGAAUGGCAUGUUAUCUAGAAUGUAUGAAUCUUAGGUCGUAAGAUGUUGAUUUCUAUAGAGCUUAAAACUAUUGAACUUUCUUUGUUUGUGA